AUGCCGAGCGAUGACAGCGAUGCCUACGAUCAUAGUGGCUCCAGUAGCGAGGAGUCUAGCGAAGAGGAAGAGGUGUUGAUAACACAACCUCGGUUUGUCAAGCUGGCGAAGCUGGCUCCAUCGGGUGACCCGUCUCCGUCUACGUCCGUUGGCAACAAACUGGAAUCCCUGGUUACAAAGCCUUUGGCGGCGGCAUCCGAGGUUGCGGUCACAGUUGAUGACACAGACAACUUAGAUCCUGAGGCAGAAUAUCAAGCGUGGCAGGCGCGUGAAUUAGCCCGCUACCAGCGCCAGGCCUCAGGACACGUAUGA